AUGUCAACCACCACGAUAGUGAUCCCAGAGUCGUUGAACAACAUCCACAUCUACGUACUCGAUCUGUACCGUCGUUUCGCGGGCCUUCCUGGCGCAAGCAUCGUCAUCGGCUAUAUCAAGGCGUCAUACAAGGAUGACCCACUCCGAUCGGUGUUUGAGCUUGCAUUAUUACUCUUUGCCGUCAAAUAUUUCCUCUCUUCCAAAAAGCAAGCGAACAAGCCGACACUCGCGAAGCUUUCGGAGAAGGAGGUUGAUGAUUUGUGCCAGGAGUGGGAGCCGGAGCCGUUGGCGUUCCCGCUCGGCGAACUCGAAAAGUGGCAGCUUGCGGACAUUCCCGUGACGCAGGGGAGUGUGGGACCGCAUGCAUGUGUUGAUGCGCGUGACGUACUCAACCUCGCGUCGCUUGACUUCCUCAACUUCAACAGCAAUGCCGUGAUUAAAGCCGCCGCGAAGCAGACAAUCAUGAAGUCUGGGGUUGGCGCGUGCGGGCCGCCAAACUUCUACGGGACACAGGACUACCACGUACGUGCGGAGGAGGAUCUUGCGGAGUUUUUGGGCGCGGAGCGCGCGAUGGUGUACGGACAGGACUUUAACACCAACACAUCGGUGCUUCCGUCGUUCGUGAAGCGCGGUGACUUGUGCAUCGUGGACUCCGGUGUGGGCGUUUCCACCCAAAACGCGUUGAAGAUGUCACGCUGCCGCGUUCAGUGGUUCAACCAUAACGACAUGGACCACCUCGAGGAGAUCUUGCAGGAGUUGCAGCCGGGCUUGGCCGAAGAAAAGCCGAUCACCAGACGCUUCAUUGUGUCGGAGGGCUUGUUUGUCAACUUCGGAGACUACCCCGACUUGCAUAAGCUCGUUGAGUUGAAGGAGAAGUACCGUUACCGCUUGUUUCUCGACGAAUCGUAUUCCAUCGGGGUGUUGGGCAAGACCGGGAGAGGCUUGCCCGAGCUCUUUGGCAUCCCACGCUCCAGCAUUGAGAUCACCACCGGGUCCAUGGCCUUGGCUUUUGCCUCGUCCGGAGGGUUCUGCGUGGGUGAGUCAGAUAUGAUCCAGCACCAGCGGAUUUCGUCCCUUGCCUUUGUUUUCUCCGCCUCCUUGCCCCCAUACUGUGCCAGAGUCACCUCCACAGCCUUGCACUUGAUCACCAACGGCGACCUCACUUCCGAGGCUGAGUCUAAGAUUGUGGCUUCGCUCAACACCAAGUCCGAGAGCCUAUCCGAAUUGUUCAGCAGCGACCGGUCCUUGCAGCCGUUCGUGCUUGUGAAGUCCAUUCCACUGUCCCCGGUCAUCCACAUGCGCUUGUCGCCAAAGUACAGGGAGAUGUUGCAGUUGCCUCCGGUCUACGGUGGGCCCCAGUCGGCCGUCGCGCAGGCUUGGAGCCGGGGCCUUGAGGCUGAAUACUUUUUAGAUGAAACCUACAACUUGGAAAACUUCCUUUUGAGCAAGAUUGUCGCGUUGUGCAAGAGCCGUGACGUGUUGAUUACCCGCUCGAAGCGCAUCUUGCAUCACGAAGUUGUGUCGAUGGUUCCUGAGUUGUUGGUGUGUGUGACCGAUGGUGUUUCGGUUGAAGAGUUGGCCAUUGCCUUCCAUGUCGUCAAGGAAAGUAUCUUGGCCGUGACCCAGCAGGUCAACAACCACACGGCCUUCCGCAGGCUCGAGGACGAAUUGUAA